CAUGUACUACGCCACAUUUUCCCUGUUAGCUGACUCAAUUUGCUUGUGGGAAGCGCGUUUCUCCAGAUAUAAACUCGACACACACAUCCAUGCAAUAAGGCCUCCCGAUCUUUCGCCGCCAGCGUUUGCAUUGCACUGGUUUCCAAGAUUUCUCCCAAGUCUCUCGGGCGCGUAAUACAAGGCAGUACAAGAUUCUACAGCAGUUUCCGUUCACGUACAUUGCAGUGCACACUGCUUCACCUUUAUCAAGCCCGCAAGAGAUCGAUUCAUCGAUAUCAUUACCCUGUUCAUAUUGUCCUUGCAUCCUCUAAACACCAUCAACCAGCAUGUACAAUGACAUGCCACCCCUGGUUGACGCAGACACCAAUAUGCGGCCGCAGGCAAAUAUACCCCCUCCAGCAGGUGCGACGACAUUUACUAUGGCAGGUCAGCCACCCCCACAAUACGCAUUCGCUGGCCAGGGGUGGAAUGCGCCUAUGCCUCAGGCACAUUAUCCUCCAUUCCAAGCAGCAACCCAAGAUGACUGGGCGAGGUGGGCUCAAUACUGGCAAGCUCAGGGUGCGCCGCCAGCGUCACCUAAUAUGCCAAGUCCUUAUGUACCACACCUGCCCAUGAAUCCUCAGACCGCUCAACAUGACCACUUCCGCAGGCGAAGUAAUAGCGCUCCCCCAGCUGGUUUUUCCAACAUACAGCAACAAGCCGCGCCGUGGAUGUGGAGUGCCAGACCUCCCAUUCAAACAUUCCCAAGCGCAAGUUCAUACCCCCCCGCAUCCGCAGUCUCCGAGACACAAUCACUAUCUACAGCAUACUUGCCUCCAUAUUGGCCAGGAGAGCGUCCAAAAAGCUGGAGACAUGGCUUCAAAUUCAAGUCGGGUAUUUCAUCCCUGCUAUUCCGAAGAAAGUCUGUAUCAAGACCACCCGAUCCAUCCACCGAUAGCGCCCGGCUCAAAAUUGAUUCAAUCCUGCGAGACGACAAAGACAUAAUCCUCGAUCUCCGUCGCAGCCAACAUUCCAUUAUAAUUCGAGAGCUGAGGCGCCCAGUAGUCGCAAACGACUUGAUGCGACCCUGCACAAACCCACCGACAGUGUUCAUGCGUAUCUAUCACUCGCGCUUACCGUGGUACAUCGACGUUGUGCCAUCAGGUAAUGGCUCCUACAUCACGCUGGGAGAUGUGUUCAUGCAUAUAUGCCAAUCCCUCGCUCGACCAAUACGCCACGAGGAUUACUACAACGAUGAGCUAGAUGCCGACGACAGAGAGGAGCUUAAGCAGGUGUGGCUGGAGCGUUGUGGCAGCAAGAAAGAACGUAUGGAAGGGGUGAAGCAGGUUGAUUUUUUGCGAGAAAAGUACAUGUUUCUGGGGUUGACUCGCGGAAAAAACGGCAUGUGGCAGCUGAGUACAGGAAAAGAGUACUCAUAGAGCAUAUGGAGUGAGGAGAUCCCGUGGUUCUGGCGAACCGCAAUUUCAUCACUUCAUCGUUGGCGACAUUAUGCUUCCUUGUAUUCUUCUUGCAUUGUACUGUUUUCACAGUCCGCCAAGCGGAGCCUAGAAUACUUAUACCCUACUCAACUGUUCGCGUACUGUGUGCGUGCCCCUUACC